GUCCCCUAGGGCUCGGGUCGCACGGAGCUGACCCCUAACGAAAUGCGGCCGCGCCAGGGGCGGUGGUGGCUGCUGCUCUGGCUGCCGCCCCUGGCCACACUGGCCGUGCGCGGGGAGGCGGCGGCGGCAGCGUUAUCAGUUCGUAGGUGUAAAGCUUUGAAGGAAAAAGAUUUAAUUAGAACGUCUGAGUCAGACUGUUACUGCUACAAUCAAAAUUCCCAAGUGGAGUGGAAAUACAUAUGGUCAACUAUGCAGGUGAAAAUUACCAGUCCAGGCAUGUUCAGAAUUGUAUAUAUCGCAGAAAGACAUAAUUGCCAAUAUCCAGAAAACAUUCUAUCUUUUAUCAAAUGUGUGAUUCAUAACUUUUGGAUACCAAAGGAAUCUAACGAAAUAACCAUAAUCAUCAAUCCAUACAGGGAGACUGUGUGCUUCUCUGUGGAGCCUGUCAAGAAGAUAUUUAACUAUAUGAUACAUGUGAAUCGAAACAUCAUGGAUUUCAAACUCUUCCUUGUGUUUGUGGCAGGAGUUUUUCUUUUCUUUUAUGCAAGGACCCUGAGUCAAAGCCCUACUUUCUAUUACUCCUCGGGAACUGUGCUAGGUGUUCUAAUGACAUUAGUCUUUGUCUUGCUGUUGGUGAAAAGAUUCAUUCCGAAGUAUAGCACCUUUUGGGCUCUAAUGGUUGGUUGUUGGUUUGCCUCAGUUUAUAUUGUAUGCCAGUUGAUGGAAGAUCUGAAGUGGCUGUGGUAUGAAAACAGGAUAUAUGUAUUAGGCUAUGUCUUGAUAGUUGGAUUUUUCAGCUUUGUUGUUUGUUACAAGCAUGGGCCCCUUGCAGACGACAGGAGCAGAAGUCUUCUGAUGUGGAUGCUGCGGCUCCUCUCCCUGGUUCUGGUCUAUGCUGGUGUGGCCGUGCCUCAGUUUGCCUAUGCAGCCAUAAUCCUCCUCAUGUCCUCCUGGAGUCUGCACUACCCACUGAGAGCAUGCAGUUAUAUGAGGUGGAAAAUGAAGCAGUGGUUUACAUCAAAAGAGCUGGUGGUGAAGUAUCUUACGGAAGACGAGUACAGGGAGCAAGCUGAUGCUGAAACCAACAGCGCUCUGGAGGAGCUGCGCCGGGCCUGCCGAAAACCCGACUUUCCCUCAUGGCUGGUCGUCUCCAGACUCCACACUCCUAGCAAAUGGAGUCUUGCUCUGUCACCCAGGCUGGAGUGCAAUGGUGCAAUCUCAGCUCACUGCAACCUCCGCCUCCCAGGUUGAAGCGAUUCUCCUGCCUCAGCCACUUGAGUAGCUGGGAUUACAAGGCGCGGGCGCUACCAUGCCCGGCUAAUUUUUGUAUUUUCAGUAGAGAUGGGGUUUCACCAUGUUGGUCAGGCUGGUCUCUAACUCCUGACCUCGUGAUCUGCCUGCCUUGGCCUCCCAAAGUGCUGGGAUUACAGGCAUGAGCCACCGCACCCAGCUGGAAAAUCAUUUUUAAAGUUCACUAAGAAAGACGUCUGUCCCAACAUUUUUCCUUAUUGCUUUCUCUUCCUCAUAACUUUAUCCAAAUAACAGUGCCCUCAAAUUAAAGAUGGAAGGGGGAAGUAUUUGAAACAAAAUAAUGAAUAAUAAUAAAUUCAAACUAAUAAAAAAUAGAGACAAGAAGGAAUUAGAAAACAGGAGUGAGUACAUUUGGCUUACUUAGUGCUUAUAUAUCUGCCCUAAUUCUCUGCCCUUUCCAUGAAUAGCUGUCUUUAGAGGGAUCACAUAAGCCAUUCCCAUUUUUACACCCACUGUGUAAAUGCCACCCUGUAUUGAUGCAAAGUCAAAUUUAAUUAAAGGGGAUAAAUAGCAAGGGAACAUGUUAUCUUUCAAAUAAACCUUCCUGAGAUAACAUUAACUUUAUUUAAAACAAAAAACUUAUUAGAUUUGCAGACUUUGUUCUUGGAGGAGGCCACUUGUCACCUGAAGAAAUCAGUCUGCAUGAAGAGCAGUAUGGCCUUGGGGGUGCCUUCUUGGAAGAGCAGCUCUUUAACCCGAGUACUGCCUGACAUGCGACCUUCAAGUUGACUUCAUUCUGGACAAGGAAGUGGGCAAAGGGCAGGGAUUCUAUUAAAGUUAGGCAGAACUGUUCUAGUGAACAGUGGCAAAACCAUUUGCUGUGGAGAAAAACAAGUCAGUCUGGAAAGGAAAACCAACCCAUUUUGAAGAUAACUUAGCAUUCUUGGUGACUUCUGCUACUUAUUGUACUGUAGGUGGAUACCAAAAUUCUGUGACAGCCACUACCACUUACCUUGAAUGAAGGCUUUCAUUAGGAACAGGGGAAUGGCGUUGUUCUUAAGGGGCUAGUAAGCAUGAACAGGUGCUUUGUCGACACCAGGGCACUAAGUCUGCUCUUAAUCCCCUGAACCUGUGUCAGAAGACUCUGCAAUACUCUUCCUAUAGUUCGUCAGUAUAAGUCCUUAAAGAGACCUGAGACAUGCUGGACCAGUGUUUUCCAAAGUACAGCUCACAGGCUACUACCAAGUGUUGGUCAAUAAAGGUAUUCUGAGGUCAACUAAGAUUGAUAUAAAGUUAAACUAAUGUAUUUCAGUAUCUCUCAGAGGCAUUCAUAAUGCUCGUGUGCAUUGUGAAUCUCCCAAAGGGGAGAAAUUGUGUGCUGCAGUUUCUUACUUAAUUUGACCACAGAACUCUUUUUCAUGAGAUUAAUAUUCCUUGGAACACAUGUUUGGAAAAUGCUAAUGGUGGUGGAACUGAGCUCUUGAGAGGUUAAAUAACUUGUGCAAGACCACACUGAGAGGCAGCACUGGUAGAAAUCCAGCCCUGAUGUAUCCUUUGACUCAGGUAGACAAGAUCUUCAGGUGCAAGCUUAGGAGCCGUCUCCCUACAGCCAUGGGCCUCACAAUGUUGGUGGCUUUACUUUUUAUUUUUCAAUAAUGGCCAACUUGCUAUUUAACUGUGAUAAAGGGAAAUGUUUCUGAAGACAUUUUAAAGUUUUUUAUACAUACGUAAGAUUUUUAUAUACAUACGUAAGGAUUAGAUACUAUGAUUACUUUUUUUGUAUUUUGAAAUUGAAGGCACUUAAGCUGUUGUGAUAUUUUGAAUUGACUGAUCCAUUUAAAAAAUUGUUUAGCUAUAGGUGUAACAAUUUCUUAUAAAAUGAUUUUUUUUCUUGAUUCAUGAUAUUAAACUCCAGAUUGAAAUGAGGGGCUAUGAGCUUUGACCCUGAGGAAAGAAGGCCAAAACAUAGAUCUGAGGAAAGAUUUGAACAUGGCAAGACAAUCUCAGGGUUAAGAUGUUGCUAAGUUGAUUCUGAGAAUCAAAAUCAGGCUUUUUUUCCCUGUGAUGGGAUCAUAAAAAUAAUCUUUUUAUCAGGACAAAGGUUAUGGGGGAAGGACAGACAGAAUUUUGGCACUGCUGCUUUCCUGAGCCAAAUUAAGUAGUUUUUCUAAAUCAUGAAAAAAGAGCAUGACUAUCCAUCUGGAACUUCCUAGAUUGAUUUUCAAAUGAUAGUUCCUCUUUGAAGUAUUUACAGGUCUGUUUUUGCCAGACAUCUUUUCAUACUGGGAACUUUUUUUUUGUAAUAUCCACUAAAGUUAAUCUGCCUUUAUAUAGACUUGGAUUUUUUAAAAAACCAAAGGAUAUAUUUCCCAUUCAGAUUUAUGGUAACUAUUUUAUGAGUAAAUAGAAGUUUGAACAUUUUUCUUAUGGUUUAAUCUGUUUUUUAAAUUAUAUUUAUUGGUGAUAUAAAUGUAUCAGAUGUAUCAGUGCCUGUGCUCACCAAGUUCGUCUCCUAAGAGGCAGUUUGUGUGCUACAACGUAUGCGUAUGAGUAAAUAACACAUGAACAAUCUGCUGGGGCUGCCAGGUACAUCCCAGCCAGGACAGCCGCUGGGCCAGGGGGAAGAGGUACUGCUGAGGGAAGGAAGCAGCUCUUCAUGGGCAGCCAGCCAGGUGUAACCAUCACAGUAAAAACAGCCAAAGAGAGAAGAACAACAGCAGUCCUUGAGGAUAUUGUUUUCCAUGUUUAUUUUUAGAGGAAAUCAUAGGUUUGUCAGUUUCUGCUUUGUGACUACUGUGAGAAGCUAAACAAUUAGAAGCAUUACUUGUGAUAUUUUUAGUGUAUUUAUGUUGUUUUCAUUUGAUUUGGGGGUGUAUUAUAGUACUGAUCACAAUUCUAAUCCCCAUCAAGCAAUGUACAGAUAACUCUUCCAAGAAAUGUUUCCCUCCUUUCUUUCCUCCCUUCCCUUCUCUUUCUCCCUCACCUCCUGUCUCCUCUCCUCCUCCCUUUUUAAAGGCCUUUGAACAGUUUAAACGACCACUCAAUAAAAUGGCUCUGCCCUUCA